GACGUGGAGGAGUUAAUGCCCAGACUUUUACCCGUGGAGCCACACGAUGGAGAAGAUGAAGAAUAUAAUCUGAACGAACCACCAAGAAAUCCGAAGGAGUAUCUCAGACAGGUUCAACGGGAAGCAUCGCUUUGCCCAGAUGUCGUGGUGGCUCAGAUCGAUCCGAGGAAACUGAAGAAAAACCAAACUGUAAAUGUUUCUGUGUCGGAGUGUCGUGCCGCGCCACAGGGUUUCUCUCCCAGCCUGCAGUGGCAACGGCAACAAGUCAGCGACUUCUCUCAAAUCCGACAGAGCGCCUCUAAACACCAGCAGCACUGGAAAGCCCAGUUUCUGGACGACAAUGUGGUCAUGCCCAAAGCAGACGAUGAAGACGGAUGGAGGAGAUUUUGUUUGGGGGCAAAUAUUUAUCUGAAUGUCACACAGAGUGAAGGAGACACACAGAGUCCAGGGCUCGAUUAUGUCAAGCUCGGCUUCCCUCCAUUCCUCAGCAUCGUCAGCAAACUCCCUCAGUCCACCGUCUCGUCCGUGCUCGAGUACCUGAUCAGCUGGUUCGAGGAGAACGACUUCGUUCCACAGCUGGGCAGAUGGCUUUAUGCUUUACUGGCGUGUCUUGAGAAACCUCUUCUUCCUGAAGCCCAUUCACUCAUCAGACAGCUGGCAAGGAGAUGCUCUGCAGUGAGGGCUCACCUGGAGAAUAAAGACGACGAGCGUUUACCAGCACUGAACCUGAUGAUCUGUAUAGUAGCGAGGUAUUUUGAACAAAAUGAUUUGGCUGACAGGGAGUGAAGACGGAGCUGAAGGUGAUGCCCAAGCUUCUGGACACGGCUUUUCAAUACUGUACCCUUUUUUUUAUUUGUUUAUAUGGCUGGUGUGGGAAAAAAAAGAUGAUUUAAGUAAUUCCGAAUAUUUUCUGACAUCCAGCUUUGUUACCCAAUCCCCCCCCCCCCCCCUUUCAAAAUGAUGAAUCUGAUAAACUGAUAAAUGUAUAAAUGGAAAAAAAUUUUGAGCUCUACUGAAAUAAACUCUUACAUUAACAC